UCCGACCCUUGCUCACAUUUGUCCCCCUCCUUCUCCCUCUAGACCCUUCUUUCUCUCUUUGCACCGCCAUUUCUCUCUCUAAACCUCUCUCUAACGUCACCAUUUGAGCUUCUUGAAAUCAAUUUACUCUAAAGGUAAUAGAUUUCUUGAUGGGCGUUGCGAAUUGAAGGUGUUUUGUGGAAAAACCCACAUCAGGUUUGCGAAAUUCACCAACUUCUAUUCGAUGUUAUUGCAAUUCUGAUGAUGGGGAAUCUUGAUGUGUUCCGUGUGAUGUGAAAUCUGUAUAAUUGUAUGCCCUACUGUUUGCGCUUUUAUCUUGUGUACCUGCGUUAGUUCGAUUGUAGGGUUCUUGAGGCUAUUUAAAGGGCAUUUCUAUAUUGGCUAGGUAAUUGGGGUUUUGAGAUUGAUCAAUGCUCAUAAUUGGGUGCCCUAUAUGGUUUCAAUGAGUGAUGAUUUUGAGCCCCAAUUUUGGGUGUGUUCUGUGAUCAAUAGCAUAUAGGAUGAAGGGUUCUUGUGUUGGAUGUUCUUGGUUUGAUUGUUAGUGUUGUUCUUAAGAAAAAUAAUGAUUUGGGGUUGAAAAAAGAUCGGAUUUUUAGUGUUUGUGUGUGUGUUUUCUGCCCUUUUGUGGGUGGUUUGAUGUUUGGUGUGGGGAUUUGUGAGAUGAAUCGUAGGGUUCGACGAAAGUGUGCAAGAGGAAGCCAAAGGUUGGAUUUACCAAAUUACCCUGAAACCGAGGAUGCAGAUAAUUUGAAAUUGAGUGAAGAAGGAGUUGUUGAUUGGACCCGAUUGCCUGAUGAUACUGUACUUCAACUGUUUACUCAUUUGAACUAUCGUGAUCGUGCAAAUUUGUCAUCAACUUGCAAAAGUUGGAGAUCUCUUGGCGCUUCUCCUUGUUUAUGGCAAUCUUUGGAUCUUCGUGCUCACAAGUGUGAUUGGGGUAUAACAGAUUCAUUGGCUUCCCGAUGUUCCAAUCUCCAAAAGCUUCGUUUUCGUGGGGCCGACAAUGCUGAUUCCCUAAUCAAUCUUCGAGCCAAGAAUUUGAAAGAAUUAAGUGGCGAUUACUGUAGGAAACUAACAGAUUCUACACUUGCAGUGAUUGUAGCUCGACACAAGCUUCUCGAGAGCCUCCAACUUGGGCCUGAUUUCUGUGAAAGAGUUAGUAGUGAUGCAAUUGUGGCAAUCGGGUUUUGCUGCCCGAAUCUACGUAAGCUUAGGCUUUCUGGGAUCCGGGAUGUUAACGGAGAGGCUGUAAACGCUUUAGCUAAGCACUGUCCGAACCUGACCGAAAUUGGUUUCAUUGAUUGUCUUAACAUUGAUGAAGUGGCAUUAGCCAAUGUCGUAUCCCUUCGGUUUCUUUCUGUUGCAGGAACGACAAAUGUGAAGUGGGGUUCGGUCGGUGAACAUUGGAGCAAGUUGCCGAAUUUGAAAGGAUUAGAUGUUUCAAGAACUGAUGUGGUUCCGAAUGUGGUUGUGAGAUUCUUUUCCUCACUAAAGAGUUUGAAAAUAUUGUGUGCGUUCAAUUGCUCGUCCAUAGAGGAAGACACCAGUGUUGUAAUCAAGAGCAAGUCCCAUGGAAAAAUGUUGCUUAGCUUCUUUAACGAUACUUUUAAAGACAUAUCUCCCCUGUUUCCUGACACAGAGAAAGAACGAGACGUUUUCUCGGAUUGGAGAAAAGAAUCGAAGAAGAAAGACGAGAAUUUGGACGAGAUUAUGACUUGGCUUGAAUGGAUUCUUUCACAUUCACUUUUACGAAUAGCUGAGAGUAACCCACAUGGUCUUGAUCAAUUCUGGCUCAGUCAAGGUGCCGAUCUUUUGCUCAAUUUAAUGCAGAGUUCUCAAGAGGAUGUUCAAGAACGGGCUGCUACGGGGCUUGCAACUUUUGUGGUGAUCGAUGAUGAAAAUGCUAAUGUUGAUGUAGGAAGGGCUGAGGCGGUCAUGAAAGGUGGGGGCAUACAACUUCUUUUAGGCCUUGCAAGAUCGUGGAAGGAGGGGCUUCAAUCGGAAGCCACAAAGGCUAUAGCAAAUCUAUCAGUGAAUCCUGCUUUUGCAAAAUCCGUGGCGGGAGGUGGCGGCAUCACCAUCCUUGCAAGCUUAGCAAGAUCCAUGAACAGGUUGGUGGCUGAAGAGGCUGCCGGAGGGCUUUGGAAUCUUUCUGUUGGGGAAGAGCACAAGGGAGCUAUUGCGGAAGCUGGUGGCAUAAAAGCUUUAGUUGACUUAAUCUUCAAAUGGCCUAGAGGUGGUGAUGGAGUUCUGGAACGAGCAGCUGGGGCACUCGCGAAUUUAGCAGCGGAUGAUAAGUGUAGCAUGGAAGUUGCAAAUGUCGGUGGUAUUAAUGCUUUAGUAACGCUUGCUCGUAAAUGCAAGCACGAGGGUGUGCAAGAACAGGCGGCUCGUGCAUUGGCUAAUUUGGCAGCUCAUGGAGAUAGCAACACUAACAAUGCUGCUGUGGGACAAGAAACCGGAGCUCUUGAAGCACUUGUUCUACUUAUUCGGUCUCAACAUGAUGGUGUCAGGCAAGAAGCAGCUGGUGCAUUGUGGAAUUUAUCAUUUGACGACAGAAACCGAGAAGGGAUUGCAUCAGCUGGUGGCGUUGAAGCCUUGGUUGCACUUGCACACUCGUGUUCAAAUGCUUCUCCGAGUCUUCAGGAGAGAGCAGCAGGUGCUCUAUGGGGAUUGUCGGUUUCAGAAGCCAAUAGCAUUGCAAUUGGACGAGAAGGGGGUGUUGCACCGCUCAUAUCGCUGGCUCGGUCUCAGACAGAGGAUGUCCACGAGACUGCUGCAGGAGCCCUUUGGAAUCUUGCUUUCAACCCGGGCAAUGCUCUUCGUAUAGUGGAAGAUGGGGGUGUUCCCGCCUUGAUCCAUCUUUGUUCUUCGUCAUUAUCAAAAAUGGCUCGUUUCAUGGCUGCUUUGGCUUUGGCCUACAUGUUUGAUGGAAGAAUGGAUGAAUAUGCACUGAUAGGGAGUUCAUCGGAAGGCAGUUUGAAGAGUGUCGGGUUAGAAAGGGCAAGGAGGAUGGCCUUGAAGCACAUUGAAACUUUUGUGCUUACGUUUGCUGACCCACAAGCGUUUUCUGCUGCCGCCUUAUCAUCGGCUCCUGCACCAUUGGCACAAGUAACGGAUUCGGCUCGUAUUCUUGAAGCAGGUCAUUUACGAUGCAGCGGAGCUGAAAUCGGACGGUUUGUAGCCAUGUUACGUAAUCAGUCUCCCGUGCUCAAGGCAUGUGCUGCAUUUGCGCUACUUCAGUUUACUGUUCCGGGUGGGCGGCAUGCACCCCACCAUGUGAACCUGUUGCAAGUCUCUGGUGCACCCCGUGUCCUGAGGGCUGCAGCCGCAGCCGCUUCGGCUCCACUGGAAGCAAAGAUUUUUGCAAGAAUCGUGCUCAGAAACCUCGAGCACCACCAGAUAGAAUCUUCCGUGUAGCGGUUUCAACUUAGAAAAAAAGCGUCGGUAAUAAAGUCAACAGUUUAUACCAUAUAGUCGUAACUAAUCGCCAUGGAAAGAUCGAUCGUGUCUCUUAAGCUGCAGAUCUUUUGGACCAUAACUCAGUGAGUCGAACUCGGUUUGUAUGAGUUUUCUUUCCCUUGUACUUAAAGAACUUCAUCUUUUCUGUUAAAACUGCUUAGUUGUGAAACAUCAAAGUUGCUUCUAAUACCAUCAGGAGGGUUUGGUUUGGAUA